CAGUUCAAAACAGAAAAAGACUUCAGCAUCAGCAGGCCUUGCUUCCUAUAACAUCUAGCUCUCAGUUUAAGGUGCUUUGUAGUAUUACCAUGGAGUCCGGAACUAGUCGGUCCACCGCCAGCUGGACCUCCACCGCAACGCUGGUCUCUGAAGAAAAAGCAAUGCCCCAAGUCAGUGAUAUGAGCUCCAAGAUCGAAGCGGAUCCGGCACAGCAAAGGAAAUCGAAGCAGAGCAAGACAAAGAGCACAUCUACCGGCAAUGGAACCACUACCGACGACGAACAGUGCAGGGCCAGAAUACUACAGCAGCAGCGAGCUGAGCUCCUGUGGAGAACGUUCACGGAUGAGGAGUACUCCGACUGGAAAACGUUCAGGGACAACGACUACCAGGUGCCGCUGCGCUCGGUGUUCUCCUACGUGCAGUUGAAUCCCACUCCCGGCUUAAUCUUCAAUGUGCCGCCCAAGAAACCGGGGCCGGAAGUGGUGGCCGAGAUGAUGAAGGGCAACCAUGGCGCUUUGGUCCGCGUUCGAAUCGGAGAGCACAAAUUCAGGUGCAUACCCAGCCUGCUCAAGUGCUUCUCGUCUUGGUUUGCUAGUCGCGACUGGCGCGUAACCCGCUUCAAGUUCCUGGAGCAGGAGGUGCCUGCCCGCGGCUUUGGGGUCGCCUACGAGUGGAUGCGCACCGAGAAGCUACCGGACUUCGGGUCGUUGGUGCCCGCACUCCAGGUCGCCCGCCACCUGGGCGUAAGCCUGCUGGAGAAGGCAAUCUAUAGGAUGCUGUGCGGCAACUCGGUGCGCGAGAAGGGUGCCUUCCUGGUCUAUCUGGAGGCCAAGCAGCAGCCGGCGCUCGGCGAGAUCUGCGUGGCGAUGGUGCGCCGGCUGAGAAGAUACUUUCUGGCCCUGGUGGGCAGCCCACAUUUUCUGCACCUGCAAGUGGACAUUCUGGAAACGAUACUGCGCCAGGACACGAUCGGCGUCAACUCGGAGAUGGAGGUGUUCUUUGCCGUGCUGCGCUGGCUGGGGCACUCUGACGACUUGAAUCGAAUGACACACAUGGGCCGCCUGAUGAAGUGCGUCCGCUUUCACCACAUGCCGAUGACCUUUUUGUUUAGUCUGCGCGAGUCUUGCAAUCGGCCGGACAAGGAGGAUCUCUUUCGCGGAGAUCCCGUGCUGCUGGCUUUUAAUUCAGACCCGGACACGAUGACCACGCUGGAGCGCGCCAUAUCCUUCAUCGGUGUGCGCAGCGAGUACGAGAGCAUCGUGGAGUUCCUGGCCGUCUGCGGGCGCCACCAAAUGGACGUGGUCUACCCGCGUCGCUGGGUCUGUCACAUCAGAUGCCCAUACCACCUGCGUAGCAUUGAGAUCCCAUACCAGCACCGCUUCACAGCCUCCGAGUUCAGCAGCUACAUCGCCAGCAUCCAGAUGGAAUGGGAUGGCAAGGGGCCGGCUGACGAGGGAAGGUCCUUGGUCAUCGACUUGGAGCUGGAUCCAAUGCUUAGCGGGCGGGCAAAUGGGUAGGCCGAGGCCCUAAUCACCCAAUGUAUAUUUCAUACUUGUUUAAUGUUUUCUACCAUUGUUCUCGAUAUCAAGCCCCCUUUUCCGAACGCCCAUUUAAAUUAAAGUUGCCUAACCAAUCGA